AUGGCACCAGUACAGGCCAUCAACGUCCUCGAUCCCAUGCAACUGCGGCAUCGUGCUCAGAGGCCAACACCACCGCCGAGCCACCGCCGCACCAGACAGCAUGCCAAGAGCCCCCUGUCCCGCUCCGAGACACCCUCCGCCGACGACCGCCCAGCCGACGCACUGUCCAUGGACGAGGACGCCCUGCUCGACUUGUGCGAUUCUGUUCGCGCCUCGCUCCGUGACAGCCAGACGCUGGGUGCUCGGGCCUCUCACGUAUCCAAGAUUCUUCAUUCCUUCCUCGAGGCGGAGAACCAAUCGAUCCCUCUCGUCGAUGCCGCCGUCAUCAGACAUGCAUGUCUCGAUAAGCUCCUCGCAGACAUCAUCGCCGCGCCGAGGAGCCCCCCUGCCGCCGAGGGUGCGCCGUCGCCGUCAAGCCUCGAUGUGACGACGGCACAGCGGCUCAAGAAGGCCUGGGAGACGAGGUUUCGCGAUGACUACUUUUCCAUGGACGACGCCCGCCUCAGAUCGCUGCAGCACGGACGCCUCAAAGACGUCGACCACGCCGUGCAGCAGAAGGACCAAUUCGAGAGAUAUAUCGCCCGCGCCUCGUGCUCCGACUCGGCCGUGGUAGACUUUGAACCUGGACACUGGUGGCUCAACCUGGCUUGCGCCCACCGCAACGGCAUCGUCGGUAACGCGCACGAAAGGCCGACUAAAGACCGCUACGGCGUCGCGGCCCUGCCCCUGUUGACCGGCACCGAGGAGCAUCUCGGCGGCAACAUGUACAGGUACUGCCGCGAGGGGAAACUUUCCGACAUGCACUUUUCCCUCAUGUCGCGGGUCGGCACGCAAAUUCGCCUACUGAGGGGCUACCGGUUGAAGAGCCUGUAUGCGCCGGCCGCCGGUCUGCGCUACGACGGCGUCUUCGUCAUCCGCGCCUACAGCACGAAGCGUGACACAGUGUCAGAGAAGCACCGCCUCGAGCUCACGCUCGAGAGGCUGCCAGGCCAGACGCCCAUGGCCGAGGUGCUCGCCGUGCCGCGGCCGUCGCAGCUGGACGACUGGGCGCUGUACGAGACGUGCGAGGCCGAGACGACGCGCAGGCGGAUGGGGCCCCGCUCGUUCAUGGAGUAG